GCGUGUCGGCGCUCUCACUCCACUUAAACGGCCAAUCCAUCAAGAGUUCAUUUCCAGCAGCUCCCGAGCCCAGCGGGUAGAGAGGAUCGCUCGAUGGGGAUAUUAAAACACCCGCAACAAGCGAUCCAAUCCUACACAACCGAACACGUCGCCGUGUGUUUCGGACAGCACGCGGCCGUCACACGGCGCGACUGCCGGAAAACCCGCUUCUCUGCCAUCCACAGCUACUUUGACUACACGACCAUAAUCGGCAAUUGGCUGACAGACCAAAACAUUGGCAUUCAAUUUAUUGCCUGGAUUUUGCGAGGAGCUGCUCAGGUGAUGUUUGUCAAUAAUCCGUUAAGUGGAAUUAUUAUUUUUGCUGGGCUGAUUUAUCAGAAUCCAUGGUUGGCACUGAAUGGCUUGGUGGGGACAGUGACUACAACGUUAACAGCACUUAUUCUAAGUCAAAAUAGGGCUGCAAUUUCAGAAGGGCUCCAUGGGUAUAAUGGCACCCUACUUGGUCUUUUGAUUGUCGUGUUUUCUGCUAAAGGAGACUGGUAUUGGUGGCUGUUGUUACCUGUGUUUAUUGUGUCGAUUGCAAGUACUAUCCUUUCAAGUGCAUAUGCCUCCAUGAUGGAAGGAAUGGAUCUGCCAAUUUUCACAUUGCCUUUCAAUACUCUACUGACUUUGUAUCUGGCAGCAACAGGACACUCCAAUCCACGUUUUCCUCAGGUUCUCAUUCAGCCCUUGACUGUAGCACAAAACAUCUCAUGGUCAGAUCUCAAUGUUACACUGCUUCUCAGAGCUAUUCCAGUGGGUGUUGGACAGGUGUACGGGUGUGACAAUCCCUGGACUGGUGGCAUUAUAAUUUCUGCUUUAGCUAUCUCAUCUCCAUUCCUCUGCCUACACGCUGUAAUCGGAUCCUGUGUGGGUAUACUGGCAGGAUUAUCACUGGCUUCACCAUUCAAUAACAUCUAUGAUGGAUUAUGGAGCUAUAAUGCUGUUCUGGCCUGUAGUGCAAUUGGAGGACUGUUUUAUGCCCUCACAUGGCAGACACAUAUCCUGGCAAUAGUGUGUGCAAUCAUAUCUGCUUACAUUGGGAAAGCAAUGGUGAACUUGCUGUCUGUGGCUGGAUUACCUGCAGGGACUUGGCCGUUUUGCUUAACCACGUAUGCAUUUCUGCUGAUGAAAACAAACAACAAAGCCAUUUAUAAAAUGCCAUUAAGUAAAGUGACAUACCCAGAGGCGAACAGAAAAGUGUACAAUGAAGCAAAAUGAACUAUAUAAAUGAAAAGAACCAAUUAAAAAUCUUAAUGAAAAGUUACUGUUUUAAACUUACACAGAAAGAAAUGUGUGUGCAAACAUAAAUAUGGUAAUUAGUUAACAUGUCAACUACUAGGUAUGAUGUGCUAACACCAUGUUUUAAUGCAAUAUUGUGACACAUAUAAGGUCUUGUUAAUUUACAGUUUAACUUAUAGUUUUCUAGAUGGUAACAACUUAAACACUACUCUAUUCUAAUAUAAUGCUAUUGAUAAAAAUAGAAUUAGAUCAGUUAAUUAAUUUUCAGUUAUAGGCCAUCAGUUGUUCAGAUUGAAAACGUGAAAGGCACUAUGUAUGGUCAAUGCAAAGUUGCUCUUAUUGUGGUAAAAACAAUAUUCUGUGCCUUAACUAAUUGACUGAUGAAAGUGUACCAAAAUCUGUUUGAUUUCAUUGUGUAUUUAAAACAAUCUUCUGACAACAUAGGUAUUAAUAAUGCAGGAUGC